AUGGCAGCCUUCACUAUCAACACAUGGCCAUUGAUCCCCGCCAAUGCAGCUUUAGCCCCCUCAUUCGUUGUCAUUGCAUCGUACUGGAACGAAGGUGUCGCCCCUCUCCUCUCCAACAGCAGAUCCGACGAGAACUACGACUUCGUCGUUUUGUAUUCUCGUUUGCAUCCCACACUUUGCAAGCUACCUCCUCCUCCAGAACUCCUCCCUUGGACUUAUUGGCACUUGACGGGCAUCACCAACAACACGCGCUGA